AUGAACGGAAAGAUACCCGUGUUUGGCUACCCAAUGAUAAAUUUUAGCCCGAAGUAAAAUCAUUAGUAGUUUUGGAAAAUAAUAGGCUCAUCAAUCACAAAGAAGGAGUAAAGACAGUUUCAAAUUAAUGAUAUGGUCAAUUAGUUCAGAGCAGCUUAAGACUCAGAGAGUAAAUUAUAUCGAGAUUUCGCUAAAGGGAGAGAUUUAUCUUAAAGGCAAAUUAAAAGUGCUUACAUUGAAGAAGACUUCAAGUAAGAGGAUAGAUCUAGCUCACAGAAAAAGCAAAGAAAAAAGCAGAAGUUAACCAAUGCUCAUCAAAGAUAUCACAGCUCUAAUUAUGUCAGCAACUAUAAUCAAAACUUAGGGCAAAAAAUUGAAAAAGACGAUUCAGACGAAGAUUUCAGUAAUAACUUCCUUCAAGCUGGUCACGCCAGAUAAAUUGGACGCAAAAAUACUUCUGAUGUUAGACAAUAAUUUGACUCCUUCAUAAAUGAAAAAAAUAAACAGAAAAAAUAGGAAUUGCCGAUUAGAGUAAAUAAGACUUAAAAGCUAAGGCUAAAACUUAGUGAAGUCAAAUCAAAGUUAAAACUGCAGGAAGAAAGCAAAAACAGAUAAUAGUCAUUACUUCUUAGAAAAAUGAGUACAAAAGCAUCAACUUAAAUGGGGCAUUCACAUCAAAACUACGCUGUAAAUAUAAAUACAAACAAUGACAUUAAUUAUGUUAUGAUCGGGUCAUAGAUAUCUGAAGUUAAUUAGGAUGAAUUGAGGGAAGAAGUAAAUUAAACUGAAACUACUUAAACAGGAAGAGUUCAAAAUGAGUAUGAGGAUUACUAAAUUUCAUAGAGCCGCUAGCUUAAAUUUAGUCCAAAGAUAUACCACUCUCAUAAAAAUUCAUUCAAUGAUAAAAGAAAAUAAAAAAUCCAAUAUUCUUAGCAGCAUUCAAUGAUAAUGCCUGACUCUGAAAAUCUAGAAAUGCCUCAGUUAACUAAUAAGAUGUAGAGUCAAGUCACUUAAGAAUCAAUAGGGAUUCUUGAAGUAGAUCAUAAAAUUUAGUUUUAAACCCAAAACAACCAAAUUCAAAGCAGAGCCUACUCGAAUAUAACAAUUGAUAAGCCAAGAACUCAUAAAUGCACCGUUAAAAGUGAUUAUAUCAAUCAGAGAUACUCAUCUCUGAGUAAAUUAUAAAAUAAUCAUAGUACAAAUCACAAAGGUGUUGUCUUGAAUGAAUUGCAUAGAAAAAUUAAAGAAAGAGAACAAAGUGUCAUUGAGCUGGCAAACAGCAGUUUCUAUCAAAAUAUAAGCUAAGAAAAUAUAAGUUUGCCUAAAGUUAAAAAUAGUAAAGGAAUAGUAUCUUCAAUUAGACUGAAUAAGUAACUUAAACAAAAGAAUACAAAGAAAAUUUUGGAUUAUUUAAUUUAUUAAUGUAAGAGAGAAAUUACAGACCUUAGUUUCUAGGUUGUAAAGAGGUAAGGUAAGAAAAAGCAGUGA